AGGACUUGCCAGUACUUCUCAUUAGGACAGACAGAAAUUGGCAGAAGAGCAAAGGAGUUCCUGUGAACCUCUUGGAGACUUCCUGGGAGCACCGAUGGAGGAGGAAAAUUCCAGAGGACUUGAAGCAGGAAGUGGCCAGGAUGCCAUCGAGACUGGGCGCAGUAGAGGAUUCUGGGAGAACAUAGGGACUAAGGACACCCUCAUCUUGUAUGUUCAGCCCCAGUGUUUCAGGCAUUUCCUUUACCAGGAGGCCAAAGGCCCUCGGGAGGUUUGCAGCCAACUCCACCAUCUUUGCCAUCAGUGGCUAAAGCCAAACCAACACACAAAGAAGGAGAUCCUGGACCUGGUGAUCCUGGAGCAGUUUCUGACUGUUCUUCCACAAGAGAUGAAGCACUGGGUGAGGGAAUGUGGAGCAGAGGCCAGCUCCCAGGCGGUGGCCCUGGCUGAAGGUUUCCUCCUGAGCCAGGCAGAGGAGAAAAAGCAGGAAGACUGGCAGGGGAACGUUCUGUUUGCAGAAAUGGACACUGAUUUCUCUGAUAAGGAGAGGAGUCCAUCAGACACCAGAAAGCAUCCACUGGGUAAGCAUUGCAGAAAUAUAUCCCAGUUUGCCUUCGGUGUUUAA